AAAUACCCAAACUGCGACUACACACAUCUAGUAAAAUUAGAGCUAAAUUCCAGCUUUGAUUUGAAAUGCCAUAAGUAUAAGGUGUACAAUGAAGAUGGAGCAUGUGUUGCUGAUAAUUUCGAUAUAGAAAACCCUGUCGAAUGUAGAGAAUGGGUUUAUGAAAGACCAGACAGUUUUGUUGCAGAGUUCAAUCUUGGAUGUGAAAGCUGGAAGAGGACCCUCGUCGGUACGAUGCACAGCGUCGGAUACAUGAUUGGACUGUUUCUAGUCGGCCCUUUAUCAGACAAAUACGGUAGAAAAAACGUAGUAAUAUUCACGGCGGUAGCGUGCGCUGCGAUUGGUCUAGCAAAGAGUGUGGUCUACUCCUAUUGGCUGUAUAUAGCUCUUGAACUCCUGGAACCACUGCUUGGAGACUGUUACUCUGCCACGUUCACUUUAGCCAUAGAAUCAGUAACAAAAGAACAUCGACCUAUUAUAAUUUUUUUACUCAGUUUAUUCACAACUUGUGGAGCAGUAGCCCUCGGUAUCAUCGCCUGGUUGACACCAAACUGGAGAAUCUUCCUAAUAUCCAUAUACGCACCAGCAUUCCUAUACAUCCUCUACAUAUUCUGCUUUGACGAAAGCAUAAGAUGGUUACUAAACAAAGGUCAGAAGAAAAAAGCCGAUGACUUAAUCCGUAAAGCAGCCAAAAUGAACAACAUCUCAAUAGACGAAAACAAACUAUCAAAUUUAAAAUGCGAAGAGAAUACCGCCAACGUAAGCUUGACAACGUUGGUGAAAAUAACGGUUUCUUCAAAAAAACUGUUGUUGAGAUUAUUAUGUUGUAUUUGCAUGUGGUUCACAGCGUUGUUCAACGCUUAUUCGUUGCUUAUAAACUCAGUGUCGCUAAAAGGCAACAAAUAUUUGAAUUUCGAACUUGUGGCCGUAACUGGCUUUCCUGCCAGUUUUAUCAUACUGUUUUUGUUAAUGAAAUGUACAAGAAAGAGGCCUUUGAUAUUUUCUUUUUUGCUCACUGGAACAUUUUGUACGGCGCAUUCCAUUCUUCCUACAGGCUACGGCUGGCUGUCCAUAUUGUUGUACGUUUCGGGGAAGCUUUGUUCUUCCGUGUCGAUACGCAUAGUCUAUAUAUACACUUCGGAACUAUUUCCUACGUACACUCGGAAUACAAUGCAUGCGCUCUGCUCUGCGUUGGGAAGAAUUGCCGCCAUCGUUGCACCUCAGACGCCUUUAUUACUUGACUACUGGGAAGGUCUCCCGUCCCUCAUAAUUGGUGUACUAUCUGUCCUGACAGCGUGUCUAAUCACGCUACUGCCAGACACAUCUGAUGACAUCUUGCCUGACAACGUUUGCCAGGCAGAAGCAGCGGGUAAAAAAGAGAAGAAUAUGUGUAAAUUGGGGAAGAAAGAAAGAGAAAUCGAUGUAUGUUCUAAAUUGUAG